AAAACAAUCACGAUGGUACACUUGCUCUUUGUCUUUUCAACGAGAUCAUACUGUACUAAAUUCUAAGCGUAUUCAUACAAAACAAGAGCAUUUCACUUGUCAUGGUUUAUUGCGACUUAUUCUUAAUCCAGAAAAUAUGAUUAUGCAUCUUCACUUGCGUCAUCAUGAGCUUCAUUCACGUCCAGCUACAAAAGAAAAUGUCUAUUUUUGGUGGUCUACAUUUCACCAAAAACUCUUCUAUCAUGAUAAUGAUCAAUUUACUUCAGCAAUAUAUCUUCUACAAGAAGAUGAAAGUUACCUUCUACUAUAUAGCAAUCAAGAAAAUGGACUUUUCGAAUUUGCAUUCACCACACCAUUUCUACAAUUGUUACAUGGUAUAUAUGAUGAAAUAUGUAUGGAUGCCACAUACAAAACAAAUAAUGUGAGGUUCGAGCUUUAUACAGUUAUGGUAAACAUCGAAGGUGUGGGUUAUCCGUUAUCAUACUUGUUUUUGAAUUCUUCACCAACUACACCUAAUAUGCGCACUAUAGCUUUGACUGAUUAUCUAUAUGCAUUAUGA